AUGGCUCUGAUCACGACUGAAAUCAAAGCAGCCCCAUUCUUCGAUGACCGGAAGCCGCUUCCAGAUCCUCCAUCCGUCGCGGUGACACCUUGUGAUCCGUGGCCGAGGCCGUACUACCUCGAGAACGGCCUCCGGCGCGUGGCGCCUUAUCAUUUCACAUAUAACACCUACUGCAAACAGCGAUGGCGGGGACGGGAAAUCCUCGACAUCUUCGCCGCCGAGUUUCGAGACCGGACACGCGAGUACUACAAGCAGGCCAUCGAGACGGGCCAGAUCUCGGUUAAUGGGAAGCCAUGUAAAGAUGUCCAUACCAUUGUUCAGAAUGGCGAUGUCAUCUCACACACGCUGCACAGACACGAGCCGCCCGUGACGGCGCAGCCGAUUCGAGUCAUCAAUGAGACGGACGAAAUGAUCGUUAUCGACAAGCCUGCCGGUGUGCCCGUGCAUCCGGCUGGUCGGUACAACUACAAUUCGGUCGUGGAGAUCAUGAAAGCCGAGCGGCAUUUCUCAUUCAAACCUUUGCCCUGUAAUAGACUUGAUCGGUUGACCAGCGGUGUCAUGUUUAUUGGGAAGACAAGCAAAGAAGCGGAGGCGAUUAGUGAAAAACUGCGCGGGCGGACAGUGCGCAAGGAAUACGUCGCAAGAGUCAAAGGUCGGUUCCCCGACGGAGAAGGUUGGGAUGGAGAUCCAAUGCGCGGCGGUGUUGUAAAAUGCGAGGAGAGCAUCCUGCAAAUCAGUCCCAUUGUUGGACUCAAUCGAGCGCGAGCGAGCGGGAAGUCUGCGAAGACGUUGUUCAGACGGCUGGCAUAUUAUCCUCAAAAACCACAACCAACGGCAAAUCUGGGAGCCACCUCGAAUUCUGAGGGUUCAUCGAGAGAUGGCCAGACAAUAGCCCAGCCUGCGCCAGCCAUUUCAGGUACUGAGAACGAAGGCUACAGCAUUGUCCACUGCCUCCCCUUGACGGGGCGAACACAUCAGAUCCGAGUCCACCUACAGUUUCUAGGACACCCGAUCACGAACGAUCCAAUAUACAGCAACAGAGCUGUGUUCGGACCGGGUCUUGCCAAGAACGAUUCAAGCGCAGAGAAGGAUGAGGAGAUAAUAUCGAAGCUGAAACUGAUGGGGAAAAGUGAGGUCUCCGACUCCGUAUCAUAUGAGCAGGAGCGACUGGCGAUGCUGGUGGACCAGACACAACAUAUAACUGUGUCUGGGGCGGCCAAGUUGAGCGAUGCUUCACGGUCAUCUGCAUCAUCAGGGCAAGAUCCAUACUUCAAGCCGUUACCGGCGGGCACGUUACAUGCCGGGUCUCUAGCGGGAUCUGGCGAAGAUGCUAUGCACAAUGACUCUCAAUAUGGGGCAUUCGUGAAAGCGCACGAUGAGAUGGUGGCCGACUACAACAAGCGGAAGGGAGAAAAGAUGACGGGCGAGAAAUGUCCAGUAUGCGACACUCCAUUAUACUCGGACCCCGGUCCUCAUGAGCUGGGCAUAUAUCUUCACGCGCUCUCGUAUGCUGAUGUGGCCGAAGGUAGCUGGAGCUAUCGCAGUCCUGCGCCACUGUGGGCGUUGCCUCCAGAUGGUGUCAAUGGGCCAAGGGAUAUUGGUCCGUGGGAGUAUCGUGGUGAUGAAGUCCUAGAAAUAGGCGAUGAGAGGGAGGAUGAAAAGGCCAAGAAUCAGACAGGGUUGAUGAAGAACAAAGGCGAAGUCCUUUGA